GAAGCAGAGCGCAGUCCCCGCUUCUAUCGAUCUUUGGUUCUCGACAGCGCUCGACUCAUUUUCUAACUCGCCACUCCCCCACUACUACUACCAUGGGCUGCACGCAAUCCUCCACGAUCGACGAGAACGUCCAGAUCGCGACCGUCAAGAGCGUCUCGGUGGCGCCGCCGUCGACCUCGGCGCCUGUCGAUGCCGCCAGCGACGAUGUUGUCGUGACGACGACGACGACGUCGUACGUCAUCUCGUCGACGUCGGUCGACGGCAACGGCGUUGUCUUGUACCACAUUGAGACCGACGGUGUUGUCGCCAAGAAGCGCUUCAACGACUUCAAGGUCUUCCACAGCGAGCUCACGACCGUGAUCGAGACUGUACCGGCGCUCCCCGACUCGGGCCUCGCCACGGUCUUUAAGCGGCGUGACGAAAAGCUUAUCAAGGAGCGUUCGGCGCGCUUCCAGGAAAUUCUGGACGCUGCCGCGGCCCACGCCGCCGACCGCCUCGAGCAGUUUGUCGUUGCCGCCGUUACGGACGACGUCGCCACCAAGGACAUUACGAUCGUCGAAGAAAUCAACGUCGUUGCUGUCGACGAAGCGCCGGUGCAGGAACCCGUCGUCGACGCCGAAGUCGCCGAGGUUGCCGAAGUGGCGGUCGUCGAGGCCGAGGCCGAGGUCGAGGUCGCCGCUGUUGCCGACGAGGUCGCUGCCGUUGAGGUCGAAGCGGUUGUCGCUGUCGAGGAAGAAGUCGCUGCCGCCGUCGAGGACGUCGUCGUUUCUGAAGACGUUGCUGCCGUGGAGGCCGCUGUCGAGGCGCCGGUCGCCGAGGUCGUGGUCGAAGACGUGCCGGCGGUGGAGGAGGCCAAGGUCGUCGCGGACGACGCGGCCCCCAAGCCGGUCGCUGCGUAAGCGGUUGUGUCUUUAUAUUUCUUCUUGUACACUACUGACAUGCCAACGCGCGUGUUGAUAACAACGGCAAUCGCAUCAAUUUGACUGUGUU